GAAAUUUAAAACACUGUGCACUUUCUUUCCUUGUCACUACGGGCAACCUAGCGACUCUUCCCGGUAAAUGGAAGGCGCUUCUGUAUGGCACCCCUGUAUCCGGUGACUUAAGCGAAUUCGUCAUUGAUCUGUGUGUUUAAUCGGAUGGGAUUUGCAGACCCAUAAAAAUUCUAGUGAUUUAAACAUUUAAAAAACGGGUCGCUGAAGCCAUCUACUAUUUCAUAAAUUGGAUAUUAAAAAAUCUUUAUUUCAAAUAUAAUUUAUAACAAAGCUGGAUAUUUUAAUACUUUUUGGUGAGAGCUUGUCAUUUUAAAAACCACAAGAGAUGGUCCAGAACCAAAGUCGAUAAUUGGAUAAUUUUACCUGGGCAGGUCUGAAGUUUCCAUGGUAUACCAGAUGGGCCUCUUGUAACACUGCACAAAUUAUAGCAAGGUACCACAUCCGGUAGUGAUCAUGAGUUCCAUGUACUACAGAGUGGACCCCCCGCGACCAAAGUCCCCCACAUUUGGGAUGGGAACAAGGACUGCUAAAGAGAUCAAGGAAAUAACGGAAAGACUGGUGAAAUCCACAUACGAAAGAAAGCUAGCCACCCGGGAGAAUAAACAAGUAAAUAACUAUGAACAUCUACUAGAGUCCGGGAAUAGAAAACGUCUGCCGUCUGCUUGCCGAGAGAGAAACAUGAGACCACCCCCAAGCCGGGAGUCUGACGGGAGGCGGUACACUGACAGAGACUUCCGGGUUCUAAUGCGCCGGUUGAUGAGGCCUACUAUGAGUGCUAGCGCUAAGUAUCAGAAACAGGACGAGGAUACUGUAGAUAAAAUGCAGAACCUGAAGGAAGGUAAAAUAGUCCGCGGCGAGAAAUCCGAUAGAGAAGGAUCCGCUAAAAGUGUCCGCCGGAUCAGCCGUCCUACGACGGCCUCCCGCGCUAAAACUUUCGAGUGCCACUUAUGUUACGAACACAACAAUAAGAAAGCGGACGAGGAACCGGACGCGUUCGAUUAUGAAUACUCGGAUUCUAAGGCUGUGCCUAAGGAGGAACUGGAUUAUAUUGUUGAAAGAGUAGCAAUGCCUACAUGUUCCAGUGCCAAAGGUGUAAGGAAAUGUGCCAAAACGCCUGUGUAUAUUGACGAAGUUAAAAUACGGGAACAGCUACCUUUGCUAAGUGGUUUAGGGAGAAGUAAAAAUGUGCAAGAAAUAACGAAUCGUCUUCAUCAACGUCGAUAUAAAUAUACACCCAUGGCAACAGAAAUCUCAGUAUUUUCCUAGCUGUGAUACUUUACAUUACAUUUUAUUUUUCAAUUCGUUGAUAAUUUGCAAGUUGGUUUUAAAAUGGAACCAAAGGCUUCUUUUCGCAAAUUAGUGAAUAUUUAAAAGGUAUUUGAUUUCGGAGUUUCGUCUUUUAAGUAGCCAUAAACUAAUAUUGUCCGAUACAUAUGUAGAAAUGAUCAAUGUGUCCAUUACAAGAGAAAAGUCCUUUUUUACAUAUAUGUGUACAAAGUAUAUAUAUUUUCUCUCUCUCUUCCCAGCUCUGUGCUGAAUAAAACAUU